UUACUAUAACAAUAGCUUGCAAAUAAAUAUGAAAGGAUCACAUAAAGGAUUACUUAUGAAACAAAAUUUUGUAAAAUAUUUAAAUAUCAAACAAUAUUUUUUCACAACAGCAACAUAAAUUAAGUGAAAUGUCGUUGUUGCGUCUAAGCAAUGGCAGUGUAAUAAAAAAAAAACCGCAAGACGCCCUCAAAAUUUAAUAAAUACUCCCACCUAACGAAUGCAAAUUCAAGUCGACUAGGCCAAAAAUAAAAAAACAAAAGAAAAAGAAACCUUCUCUUAUAAGGUGAAACAAAAAUCAUCACUUUAUGACUAAUAAAGUAUUUAAGAAACGAUGUGAAUAAUAUUACCAACAGAACUUAACCCGCUUUAGUUAACACUUAAUGAAGAUAAAUCAUAUUCAAAUUUUCUUAAAUUAGACCAACGGAAAUUCCGAAAUUAUUCUUACACAUAUAUAUUUAUGUAUUUGCAUUGGUGGUUUAUGUGAGGCAAUAACCGCAAUAAAUGUAAGUGCAUUGCAAAGCAAUUAUAAAACUUGGCCGUUGCGUUAUCAAUUAUUGUUGAUAAUACCACACAAGUGUAAAAAGUUUCGAUGGAGUCUACUAGUAAAGCUGUUUCUAAAUUUAGUGAUGUUGACGAAUAUGGCUUCAAACGUAAUGAACAGUUCGAUUACAAAUCGUAUGAAUUGUUUAUGUCUAGCUACUUGAAAACAUUAGCCAAACGUCGCAUUAAAUGGGAAAGAAUUUUACAAGAAAAUAUUGAUCUCACAACUGUUACAGCUAAACUUAAACGAUAUAUACGCAAAGGUAUUCCAGGUCCUUACCGUCCUAACGUUUGGAUGCAAAUUUCGGGUGCUUAUAAAUUGCAGCAACGCUCACCGGGUCUCUACAAUAGUUUGUUGAGAGAAACAAAUCAUGAAAAAGAAAUCAGUGAUUCCAUAUCAAUUGAUCUACCUCGAACAUUUCCGGACAAUAUAUUUUUCGACUCCAAAAAAGAGCGUCUUUAUAAUAUCUUGGUAGCCUACGCUCAUCAUAACCGUGAGGUUGGCUAUUGUCAAGGUUUAAAUUAUAUCGCUGGUCUCUUGCUGCUGGUAACUGAUGACGAAGAGAAAUCAUUUUGGCUUUUGAAACAUAUGAUAGAGAAUAUAGCACCGCAAUAUCAUACAAAAAAUAUGGCAAAUUUAUUAAGAGAUAUGGCGGUAUUUAAAGAAUUGAUAAUUAGGAGAAUACCAGCUGUCAACAAGCACAUCGAAAAAUUAGGAUUACCUUAUGCUGUUAUAGCCAGCAAAUGGUUCAUAUGUAUAUUCGCUGAAGUAUUGCCUGCUGAAACUGUAUUCCGUUUAUGGGAUUGCGUUUUUUCUGAAGGAUAUAAAAUAAUUUUUCGGGCUGCUUUAAAUAUGUUUUUAACGCACAAGACGGCCAUUUUAGCUUGCGAUGACAUCGGAGCUUUGGCGAAUUUUUUCCGUGAGACUUUAAUACAUGACGAUAUUGUAACCAACUGCCAUACCUUUUUGCAAAGUAUGUUUAAUUUGCGUUUGAAACGCAACGAGCUAGAGGGUCUACGCAAAAUAUGUGUAGGACGUAAUAAUACUUAGAAAGAAAGCAUUACGAUAUUGUUAUAUAGUUGAAUAUUACCAGUUGUUUCCAAAGGAAAUGAAUAUUUAUACUCUUCCAUAUCUUUACCAUACAUGUAAAUGGAAUUUUUGGAAAAAAAUUCAGUUUUUUUAAAAUUUUUUUUUUUUUUAUAGAUAUCAACGAGAAUAAUUGUUGCAUCAGCUGUGCAUAGGGUAACGCCGUCCAGUAGAAAAUAAACGUCGCCUAAAUCCAAAGCAUAAAUUCCAGGAUAAAAAGAAAUAAGCAAUUCGGCAUUCCCACUUGGUCGUUUAAGCCCUCCGAAGUCGAGCGAUUCAAGCAUCCGUUAAUUACUAUGGUCAAACCAGUAGCAUUUCCGAAAAAGCAAGGCGCAAUUGCACAUGUAUUUCAAACUGUCUCUGGGUCAUUUCUUUCGAUUUUUUAAAGUCGCACAUCUUGCUUCUUUACGUAUAUAGACAUCUUAAAACUAGCCUUAUUGCUCAGAAAAACUUAAAAAAUGGUUUUUCUACUUUGUUAUCUGCCAGUUGUUGCUCAUGUUGAUAGUUAAAAAAAGGCGCUAAAUCUAAAACGACAGCUGUUGUUGAAAUACUGUAUGCUUUCUUCCAUUACUAAUGUUAGCAGUUGGGAUUCCUUAAGUUAUUUUGAGGUUCCAAAAAAAAUUUGUUUAUACCGAAAUUCUAAGCCAAUAUCUCAUAUGUGGAGGAAACGUUCAUCGAAAGUCAAUCAAUCAAUGUGCAAUGUUCCCGCGUAUUCAAAUACAGUAUUGGGUAGAGGAGGCAAGUUUUCUGUGUCGCCUAACUAUAAACUCCUGUAAAACGACUAUAAAGACUCGAGAUGGUUCAACGUAAAUAAAACGUUGAUAGAAGGGUUUUGCGAGGAAAACGGCGCAAGCGAAAACUAUAUUGGAUGCUUGACAAAUUGUGUCUGUUUGUUCCAGAGCAGCUUGAAAAGAUAAUGUUCGGUAAUAGCCCUUGCCGUCUCAAUUAUGUUCAGCUAGAAGAAGAUAUAAUUCUACUCCGCCCAUUAAUAGCAGGUCCGAUAAUUUCUUGUACGACCGAACAUUUUUAGGGGAUAGGGAUGCACAAGAUUCUUUCCUCCGUUUGAGGCAAGUAGAACUAGAAAUCUCAUAAAAAGUACAUAUUGGGCUUAGAGUCGGAAUGGAAUUCUAACGCUUGUAAAAUCAAGAUAGAAAAACAAUUUUGCCUCUGUAAAGAUCACUUUUAUGAUCAGAUCUUACAAAAGUAUAUUAUGGGAAUAUUGCCAACAAUUUACAUUUACGGGGCUGUAAGUUGUAAGUAAGUGUAAGUGUUUGCACAGUGUAAGAUUUCGACGUGGAAACGGACCCAACUGGGUUAAUUACUCAAAGUUUAAGGAACUUUAUGAUUGCUACAUAAUUGCUUGGCACGAUAGGCGUUGUGUUGAUUCCCCAAAACGUCCCCUUCGCAACUUUUCUAUUCAAAAGUCCUUUUUAGUGGCGGUCUAGACGUUUUUCAUAACAACGUAAAUUCUUAUAUGGCUCUUGCAGAAGGUUUAAAAAUCAGUUCAAUACGAAUUUAACUUACCCACUUGUUCAGUAUAUAAACACAGUUAAGCAAACUCUAGGAAUUGUCGUAAGUAAAAUGUUUUCCUUAAAUCUAAUUAAUAAAAUAGUUGUAAUUAUUUAUUUUCUCAUUUGUAAGUGUGAUUUUUAUAUGUAUAAGUGCUACCUAGAUAUUAGUGUAUAAAACUUUGAGAAAAUCAAAAAUAAUGACACAAAAAAUAAACGAAUUUUAGCCAAAGCUAACCUAUAUAGAGAUAGCAAGAAAAAAGACUUGUAUACGAAUAAGUAAGCAAUUUUUCCUAAUGGCCAAAAAUGAAAAAAAUCGAUGGACGUUUGUUGACUUUCUUAGCUUAACCUGAAUGUGUGUUAAACGAGCUUUCAAUACCAAUUUUGCUUUGCUAGUACUAAUAUUUGUGUAAGAACAAAAGCUUAUCUUUAUCUUGUUUAAUAUUAAAUUUAAUUAUUUUUGUAUGUAAGCGAUUUGUAAAAAAAA